AUGUCAAAAGAUACAAAAGAUGCCAAGACACCGUCAGAAGCAGCCGGUUUGUUAAUGUCCAUUGUGAGAGCCUUGUCAUCCAGUGCAAAUGUUCAACAACGAGAUGAUGAGAAGAUACGACUGGAGAAAGCAUUCAAGGAAAGUGAUAGAAAGCUGGAUAACAUGAUCACUGACCAUCUGACUGACCUGACUUCCAUCAUUCAAGCUUUCAGUAAAAUAUCAUCUAGGAUAUCUUGCUCGCAAGAAAAAAUAAAACUGGUCAAAGAAAAUUUACUUUCCUGUAAGAAUUUACUCCAUUGUAAGAGAGAUGAAUUGAGAAGGCUGUGGGUGGAAGGCAUCCAGUACAAAACUGUUUCAUCAAUGAUGGAUGAAGUUGAAAAUAUAAAAAACGUUCACGAUAAGUUGAGGAAGCACCUGGAAUCUAGGCAUUACCUCAGUUUCACAACUCUGUUGAUGUCAUCUUUGGAAAUGCUUAAUAAUGAUCUGUCCUGUGUGGAAGGUUUAAAGGAUAUUAAAAACGAAUUGGUUUCGAAAAAGGAUGAACUGUAUAACAAAUUAACUGAAGAAUUGGACAAUUUAAUUUAUGUGAAAUCAACACUUGGUGUGGUUAAACACUUCCAAAGGCAAGGAUCACAAAGACAAAGUAAAAGUAAACCACAACUUAAAUCCGGGCUUAAAAGCAAAGAAAUAAUAGAGGACGAUAGUAUCAUUCAGGAUGACAAUGCAAUAAAACUGUUGAUGAAUGUUGAUACAAAAUCAGUUUCUGACUCAACUGAGCCUGUCACAGAAGACAUCAACAACUCACCUGAUUCAAAUAUUGUUAAUUUUAUUUCCAUUCUGAUAGAGUCAUUAGCUAAGUUGAAUCGCAUGCCUGAUGCUGUAGAAUACUUGAAGAGAAGAAUGGGACCAGGGUUAGUGGCCAUCGUUCGACGAGCUUCCCAACAAGUUGCUGAUUAUGCUUAUGUGGAGGGCGAGGAGUUGAGUCAGCUUCAGCAACCUCAGUAUCUCCUAGAAAUGCUUGAAUUGAUUUUCAAACAGUUUCACGUCGUAUCAAAAGUUCAUGAAAUUUUGCUGGCCAACAUGAGACGCAUCAAAAAUGUAAAAUCUUCUCAGGGUGACUUUAAUCUGUACGACAUUAUGGACUUAUGGAGCAAGAUUCAAUCAGUCAUGCAAUCCCUUCUUUGCUCGUAUCUUGAUGUCGAUGAAUCAGCUUCACGUCUUUCGUCAUCACCAAAUGACAGAUGUCCAGAAAACAUCACUGCUAUUUACAACAGUCUAAAAAGUUUUCUUGCUGAAGCAGAGAAGACAACAAAAGUGGCCCAUGGCUCAUUGUCUCUUCAAGCUUACAUCAAAGAAUUCGUUGAAGGUGUGUUCUUAAUAAGAGUCCAAAACGAAGCUGACAUGAUUAUAUCACAAGCUGCCAAGUCACCUGAGAUGAAGAAGAAACUGGCUGACCAGCACACUCAGAGGGCAUUCUCUCUUGUGAAACCGAUCCUACAGAGCAGUGUCAUUGUUGCAGAGUUGCUUCAGAAUACAUGCACUCUUAUGAGAGACCUGCCUGAUUAUUCCUCAAAGUUUAUGAACCUGAUAUGCAAAUCAUUGCAAGAGUACCUGAAUGUCUGUCAAGCUUCCUACAAAGAGUGCAUCAAUCCGGAACUGGAAGAGAAAAAAGUGAUGAGUGCUUUGUGGAUGAAAGAUGAUGAUAUUAGCAGGUUUCUUCGUUCACUUCCAAAUUUCCUUGACCUCAAGAAGGUCUCAGUCUCCGAUGAAGAACAGACUCAAAUAUCAGAUGAGGAUUUACGAGCAAUGAAUGCCAAAGAAUCAACUGUACUUACCAACAACUUGUUAACUGGAAAUGAGUCAAAUGUUCUUUUUAAUGAAAUAAUUAGUGACACUGCAAUCUUGAGAACUCUUGGAAAUCUUUGUGAAAGUAUGGAAUGGUUCUCUAGUCGAAUAAAAGAUUUUUCCAAUGGUUUGGAAUCAGGGACUGGUGCAAGAUUCAUUGUGUCUGCCACUGAUAGUGCAAAGCAGAUUCCUGAUGGCUCAUCACAUUACCAGGUCAAUAAAGACACUUUGGUGGCAUUAAAGUCACUCUCCCGUCAUUAUGAAGAUUUAUCAGAAGUGUGCUUAUUGGUUCUACAUUUGGAAGCCAGGGUCCACUGUUUCCAUCAUUUACUUCGCAUUCCCAAAUCCGAUUAUUGUGGAGUGAUUGAUAAACUGGAACCUGAUGAAAAUGUGCUACGACUUAAUAAAGAUCUUAUUUCAUUGGAAGAAGUCAUGUCACAAAGCCUGCAACAGCCAAAAUUUAGUUACGUCUUUCAAGGCUUGGGACAUCUCAUAUCAACCAUUCUCGUUGGAUCGGCCCAGGUGUUGAAGCGUAUCAAUGAAAAUGGGGUGAAAAAAAUGUGCAGGAAUGUUCACGCAGUGCAGCAGUGCUUAUCCAACAUCACCGGAAACAGGGAGCCGGAUUUGGACCAUGCUCGACAAUUUUAUGAACUUUUGUAUUUGAGUCCCGACGAGGUGAUGAAGGCAUGUUUCGAAAGAGGCAAACAGUUCACAGAGCACGAGUACACGAUUUUGUUGCAGCUCAAUCACAGGAGCACUACUGGUAGCACUGAAGCCGAUUUGAAUGUCAGGUUAAAAAAACUUGCUUCAAUUUUGGCUGAUUCCAGCUUGUAGUGCUGUUUUUUGUUUGGUAGAGAUGCUCUGUUCAAUGCAAAGUUUCUGAUUCACGGCACUGUUUUAGGCUAUGAAAAUUAUUUUUACAUAAAGUUGUAAAUUUGUUACUUAAUUUAUUUAUUGCAUUGUGCCACUGAAUAAAUUAUAUUGUCUAAUCGUGAAAUUGUGUUCAUUAAUCCGAUAUUGAUAUUUGAAUUCCAUAAAGUUUUGCUUAAAUGUGCCUCGCUUUUUUCAUUAAUCAUUUUUUAAAAUAAAAAUAAAAUUGUGUUUGUAAUUUGAGAUGGAUGCAUGUUUAUUUUCAACUAUGCCAAUUGGUUUUCAUGUCAAUUGACGACAAAUUUUUGUCUGAAAACAACCUGCUUUUGCAUUUUUAGUAACUGGCUUUAUUAUCAUUUUAUUAUUAUUAUUAUUAUAUUAUCAUUUUUAUUUAUAUAAUUUCCAAUUGUCCAUUCAUAAAAUUUAAGUUACGUAUUUACUACGUGCAUUUCACCGUUCCUUUCACGUGUUUAAAAGGUUUCCAAAAUUUUCGGUUUCUAAAAUUUUUACUUUCCAACUUUAAUUGUGAUUUGUUUGAAAA